AUGCUAGGCAUCCAGCUACCUCCUGCCCCAGUCAACCCAGGAGCACCAUGGAAGCACCCGCUGUUGGUACAGACGCCUCUUACUGGACCGGGUGCAGGUGUUUUGAUACAGAGCGGCCUAAGUCCACCUCAGCCACCCGCCGGAUUCCAUCCUGCCAUAUUCGCCAAUCCAAUUUGGUGGCAGACAGCCCCCGAGCUCCUCAGCGGUGUUCUAGGUGCGGGACGGCCUGAGUUGCCAUUCGACGGGUUCUUGACAAGACUCUGUAUCAAAUGCGAGACCCUUGUGCAGUGCGAGGAGUACUAUCGUCGCGUCACAAACUACCGGGGAAACGAAACACAGUCGGAUCUGCAGCGGUGGGAGACUUCAUACGCAUCGUCUUGUACUUGCAGGAAGAAGCUGGGAGUUGGGCCCUUUGCCGGGGAAGAUAUCCUGUGCAAGCCGCAUCGAGAGAGGCAAUGGAAGGAACUUGUGGCGGCUCGGGACGAAAGGGACAGGUUCUUGAGAGGCGUGGAGAAUCGUGCCCCGCCUGCGAGGAAGAAGCUGAUCAGUGCGAGUGCUGCGACGCUACAGAAUAGGGUCAAUGCCCCGGGCUGGUGGAGGGCUUGUCGUUGCGGCGACGAGGUUGGACACGCAAUUGGACGCAUACCCCGAGCUCUUAUGUGUAUGGGCUGCGAAGGGUAUGUCGUUCUUGCCCCUCUGGUAGUCCCUCUAGGUCAAACUGCGAUAUGGAGACUCGCUCGUUUUAAGAGGGAGUUGUUGCUCGCUGGAGACCUUUCAGUACCAAGACGAGUGACUGAAAACGGCCCAUCCCCCGAACUCCCCUUUGCCUUCACGACAUCCUGCGCCUCAGCCGCCGGCAACCGCCAAACCUACGAAACGCACCGCUCCGCCAUCCUCUCCCACAUCAUCAACGACGCCGCCAUAAUCCCCAUCACCAUAACGGACCUGAACUUCUCCAACGCCAUCCUCCUCCUCGGCGUCCUCCACUCUUGCGGUCAACUUCCCUCCUUCACCGUCACAUUAGACGCCAACCGCGUGCCGAUCCUCCCAGCCCGCCGGUUGGAUGUCUUUCACUACACCACCGCCACCGCGUUCCCGACAUCUCUAGCGAAAGCGAACGCAUUCCAGAAAUUCGCGAGGAGCAUCACACCGAAGGGAAAUCUCCAUGCGAGUCAUUGGGCCGUUGAGUAUCAGAGCCUCAAAGUGCUCGAGAAGUUUAGCUUGAAGGUCGGAAUGGUGGAGGAGAAGAUGGGAUAUCAUGUGGCGUGUGUGGUUAGGGCGGUGAGGACGGUGCUGGAUGAGGAUUUGAGGAGGAGGCAUGAGCAGAUGUUGGCUAAGGGGAGGGAGCUGGAGGAGGAUGUUGUGGAGGACGACGAUGAGGAUGGGGGGGAUGGCGAUGGAGAGUAG